ACCUCUAAGACUUGACAGACAAAGGCGCCGGGAGUGAGCGCUCAGACCUCUUGGGUGUGUGACGAGGUACGGCGGAAGAAGCUGCUCUGUGCCGGAAGUGCAGCGAAUGUGACCACUUCGAGGUGAAGAUGAGAAGGACCGCAGGAGGGUCAGAGGAGGAAGAUCUUGUUCGGAUGAGCUAGAUGAUAAGGAUCGGUGACAACGACUAGACGAUACGGAAUCAGUCGAGACGAAUGAAAAGGCAGACGAGAGGGAAAGCGGACCAGGCAACGGAUGUGUGGGAUGGAAGUUCUCCUCCGCCUCGGACGUUCGAUGCGAUGCGAUGCGAUGCAGAGCAGACAGUCAGGCAAAGUGGGCGCGCCCACCGGGGUUGGCAAAUGAGGCCCUGGAGAGAGAGAGAGAGCUACCUCCUUUGCCUUCCCUCGCCCACACAGCAGGCGAAACAGAGGGGAAAGCCAACUCCCUCCCUCUGGAAACCUGCGCAGUCUACUCACUCUUGCUCAGCGCAGAUAUCCUCCGGAGCGCCCCACACUUGCUCAAGCCGCCAUCGGCCGAAUUGUCAGUCGGAGCGAUGCCGAUGCCAAGCCCCAUCCACGGCCACGGCAAUCGCGCCUUUCGUCGGCGAAUAUUUCAGCUACAUGGAUAGGCCAGCAUGCAGAGUUCAGAUGAAAGAGCAAUGCGUGGCGAUGAUAGCAGGCUGUGCUUCCCAAAGAUCAGACUGGCAUUGCAUGUAGCAGGUAGCACACAGCGAGUCGUACAGAUGUUAGACGCAAGUCUCGUGAAACAGAAUCGAUGCUUCCUUCCACAGUGCACGGAGAGACAGAGCCGGAUGCGACGACGACCAGAUUAGUCCCGAUCUGCUUCAGUCUGCUUCGGCGGACCCUUUGCUUCGAUCGCUCUGCUCCUGCGCCGCCUCCUGUUGACGUUGAGAAAUCGAUGUAGUGAUCCCGCUAUUCGAGGUCUCCAUUUCUG